AUGGGCAUUGGGAAAUAUUAUAUGAUUAUGAUAGUUGCUGAAAUUCUUUCGACCUCUCGUUGUGUGGACAUUGGGAAAUAUUCCAUGACCGGCUCAUCGCGUCGCAAGUGCGUCAAGGGGGAAUGGGUCGGGAAACCGCCGACGUGUCUCGGCCUGUCCCAAGAGUAUGACUACGCCCUGGAAAGACCGCCAACAAUCCUGUUCAGACAUCAGCUUGGCCCGAUUGCCCAAAGCAAUGACGGAAAACUCAUCGUUUAUCCCGGAACUAUUCUGCACCUCGAAUGCCUCUGGUUGCGGAAAUUCGGCAAUCCGAAAUGGGUCAUUUCGCACAAAUACAGAGAUUAUCCUCAAAAUUGGACUACCGAUGAGAACAGGAACCCGAACUUGGAGUAUCGUCUGACCAUUUACCACGCUCAAAAGGACGAUUCUGGAACAUUCACUUGUGAAACUCCGAACAGACACCAGCACGGUGUUCAAGUCGUCGUAUCCGCCGUUCAUUGCCCGGAGUUGCCGAUCCGACCUGGACUUGUGAUGACGCCGAAAAACUCACAUCAAAUGAUGACGAAGGUCUUCUUUUCUUGUGAGAAUGGCAACAGUCUAGUUGGCACGAACGAAAUCAGCUGUUUGCCGUCUGGAAAUUGGUCUGCACCUGUUCCGGAUUGUCAAACUGUGAAAUGUCCGCCGAUGCUCAACACGUCCACUGAGGACCUGGUUCCUGGCGCAGUCAAAGUGGACGUUCGUGUGGAAGUUCAGUCGCAAUCCGUGGGUGGGAAAGCAUUUUUCAGCUGUCCCGAAAGCUACGGGUUGCGGGGCCCGACGGAGUCCGUGUGUCGCCCUGACGGCUUCUGGUCAAGGCCAUUUCCCAUCUGCACCCUUGUGACUUGUGAAGCCCCUGCCGAACCCGUGGACGGGUACAUUCAGCCCAAAGGAGGGGCUUUCCGAGCAGGAGAAACCGUGAGAUUCUUUUGUGCUCAUGGCUACAUGGUCGAUGGGCAACCUAUCAUAACUUGUCAAGAAAAUGGCAAAUGGUCCAGGGAUCCACCGCAAUGUGUGAAGGCUUGCACAUACCCCGGUACGAUCAUAGACGGGACAACUUCCUUGCUGAAAUAUUAUUACAGCAUCGGAGAAACAGUGACUUUCGACUGCGGACCCGGCCUGACCUUGAGUGGAGCGCAAAUGUUGCGCUGUUUACCAAACGGACAGUGGUCGAAUGGCGUUCCACAAUGUGUGCCUAUCCAGUGAAUUUCAUCACAAAGAUUCAAUGAUUGAAAAACAAAAGAAAAAGAGAGAGACAAAACCCGAGAAGAUGAUUAUUGCUGGGGACGUGCGUGGAUUCAGUUCCCGAAUCAAAGCCUUGUUAUUUGAACGUCGACUGGGCGGAAGAAAGAACAAAUUUUAGGGAGCACUUGCUUUUUUCCAGCAAAACGGUUUUUUGGUGGAGGAAAAAAUUGUGAUUUGGUGCUGACCGUGUUGUACAUGAAAAAAAAGAAAGAAAAAAUGUUGUCGUUUCGAAGAUGGGGGUUACCAGCACAUGGGCGAGAUCAUUAUUCUAAAAUUUUCUUGAUUCCUUUUUUUAUCGUUUGAAUAUGAUCCUCCUGAAAGGAUUUUUCUCGAGUCCAAAUUAUAUCCACAUGGGUAUGUACCCACAGUUUACAAAAUCACUUGACUCAGUUGAUGAAACAGUGCGCGAUUGGCCAAAUACGUUUCAUGACACGUUUACUCAAAAAAAAAAUUUGCUGAAAUGUUUGCGUACUUCUGGGGUGUUUGCCAGAGAUUUAAGGAAUUGUGUGCGAGUUUGUGUGUGAGCAAGCCAUGGUGAAUAAAUCUGAC